AAUAGUACCGAGAUCAUACGCAAGGUUUGUUGCCCGUAGAUAUUACUAUUGACAGUGAGCUUUGUGUCAGCAGUGUCGCCUUAUCAGGAACGGGUUGAGUAGCUGAGGGUUUUUCUGUCGAACGCUCCAAACCAGAUGCGAUUCGUUAUUCAGCUCCUUCGCCACAACUGGUAUUCAUGUGUUCAGACGACGUUUGUAUUAUUGCACUCUGGAGAGAUUUGAUUAUUUCCUCAUCACAUUCAAGUGGACGUAGCAAUUAGUGACAUGCAUGACCAAUCCUACAUCGGGGAAUCCCAGGACAACCUUGACAUCAGCAAAAGUAGUUCGCAAAACAGUUACAAUGCAUCAAUCGUCUCAAUCCCAACCAGUGACCAAAAGGAAUCCACUCCAGUGCGAGAUAAAUGGGGCAAAGAUGUCGAGUUCAUGCUGUCCUGCAUAGCGUACUCCGUUGGGUUCGGCAACGUGUGGAAGUUCCCCUACACCGCACUGAAGAACGGCGGAGGUGCCUUCCUGAUUCCCUACCUGGUGGUUCUUUUUAUCGUCGGACGACCGAUCUACUAUCUCGAGAUGGUGAUGGGUCAAUUUUCCAGCCGAGGUUGCGUAAAACUGUACGAUCUGAGUCCUGCUAUGCGAGGAAUAGGGAUAGGCCAAUCCAUUGCCAUGUUUGUCGUAAUGACCUACUAUACACCAGUAUUAGCCAUCACCUUCCGCUAUUUGGUGGCAUCUUUCAGCGUUGAACUGCCUUGGGCUAAAUGUGAUCCAACGUGGCCAAACUGCAUAGAUUCCGACUUCGUCGGGCAAACCACAUCGAACGCUAGUAUUCCACUGAAGGCAUCCGCUGAGCUAUAUUUUCUUAACUCGGUGAUGCACAAAAACAACUCUCUCUACGAAGGCAUCGGAACACCCGAUUGGAAGCUGGUAUUGUGUCUCGCCUUCUCCUGCCUGUGUGUGGCUACAAUGCUCAUAAAAGGCAUCAAGAGUUCGGGGAAAGCGUCCUAUUUUUUGGCCAUUUUCCCAUACGUUAUCAUUCUUAUCCUACUGAUUCACGCCUGCACACUGGAGGGAGCUUUUGAUGGAAUUUUGUACUUUCUGACGCCACAGUGGGAUCAGCUGUUAAACGUUACCGUGUGGUAUGAAGCUGUUACACAAUGUUUCUUCUCGCUGUCGGUUUGCUUUGGCGGCAUUAUCGCGUACGCAUCGUUCAAUAAUUUUUCCAACAAUGUAUACAAAGAUGCGAUGAUUAUUUCCUGGCUGGACACCCUUACGUCCAUAAUUGCUGGCUGCAUCGUGUUUGGAGUUAUCGGAAAUCUGGCCUAUGUGACUGAGCAGCAUGACAUUCAGCAAGUGGUGAAAAGUGGUGCAGGUCUGACGUUCAUGACCUAUCCGGAUGCGAUUGCCAAAUUUGAUCUACUGCCCCAGCUCUUUUCGGCACUGUUCUUCCUGAUGCUUUUUAUCGUUGGUUUGGGCAGUAACUUAGGUGUGACUACCAGCAUUGUGACGGCAAUUCGUGACCAGUGUCCGGGUUUAAAGAACUGGCAUGUCGUAAUAGGAGUCGUUGGAACAGGGUUCCUGUUUGGGCUGAUGUACUUGACCCCCGGUGGAUUAGAUCUGCUUGAUCUGUUGGAUUACUACGGUGCAAAGUAUGUGACCUUGACCCUGGCAGUUUUCGAGCUGGUGACCCUAGCUUGGAUCUACGGAGUGGAUCGCAUCUGUCGGGACAUCAAGUUCAUGUUGAACCGCAGCACAAGUUUGUUUUGGCGAAUAUGUUGGGGCAUUGUAACUCCCUUGGUUACGAUGCUCAUCCUGCUGUUGAGCUUCGUCGAGUACGAAGCUUUUGCGGUUCCAACUGGCUACAAUGUUCUAGGCUGGUGCAUUUACAUCAUCGCCAUUCUCCAGCUGCCGGGCUGGGCUUUGUACGCGGCAUUGCGGCUCAGUUCAAAGACACUGGACUCGAUGAUUGAGUCCGUAAGGAAGUCAUUCCGUCCGCUGUCCGAAUGGGGUCCGGAGAUGGUGGAGACUCGACUUCGCUAUCAGGAAGAGCUAGAGCAGCACCACACAACGACGCCACGCGAUCGAAAUGUCAGCCACGCAAUCAGGCGGAAACUUUUUAGCUGAACUAUGUUAAACACGAUCCAACUGAAUAGAAAUUCGAAUAUAUUGAACUUUAUUCACGAAUUCAUCGUAUCAUAUCAAUAUUAAAUCAAUCGAUUCUUCUGAUAUAGUUUUUGUUUAACGUAAAUUAAAUUAAAAUUAAAUUGUACCUGAAAAUACAUUUUCUAUAAAAACAACAAAUAAAACAA